CUCCAAACUGUAUACAGUUAUUAUAAAAAAUAUCCGUUGAAUCUUGACUCAGACAGGUAGACUGUAGUAAAAAUAUUUAGAAACAAUGCAAUAUUGGUUACUUAAAUCCGAGCCUAAUACAUAUUCAUGGCAAACAAUGGAAAAGGAAGAAAUAACUCCAUGGGAUGGAGUGAAAAACUAUCAAGCACAGAAAUAUAUGAAAAGCAUGAAAAUUGGAGAUCAAGCCUUUUUUUAUCAUUCAGUUUCAGAGAAAUCGAUCCAAGGAAUAGUAGAAAUAUGCAAAGAAUACUACUAUGGAGACGAUCCUAAGUUCGGAAUGAUGGAUGUUAAAUUUAUCAUGCCUUUAAAUAACAAAGUAACUUUAGGAGACAUCAAAGAAAAUCCUCUCUUACAAAAUAUGCCAUUAGUGAAACAAUCUCGUUUGUCAGUAUCACCAGUAACUGAGAAGGAAUGGGGUGAAAUCAUGAAAAUGAGUGGAACCUAAAUUAUAUUUUCAUGCUACUCUAUUCUGUAUUAUUAAUAUUAUUUAUAUUUGCUUUUAAUGAUUAAAAACAAAAACAAACCAUUGAC